AGUUGCAUUCUGGGAUCUGAGAUCAGCAAUCCUCCAUUUUGCUUUUUAACUGUACGAAAUAAAUGGCACAGUGCAUCUAAAUGAUCUCGUUGUUAUCAAACAACUCAUUUGCAAAACAUAGUUUCAUUGCCUCGGUCAUUGUCAUGCAGUCUGAAUUGAUUCCUUAAAUGUGUGCGAUUUGAGGCUUGUUUUGAAAACGAUGAAGUGCUUGUGCCGCCGGUAGUCACCCGUCUAUCUGAUGCUAUAAAGGUAUUCAGCGUGUGGAGCUCCUGAUUACUUAUACUGAACUCUACCUGCUUUUAAAAUGGGUCGUUCGCGGAGCCGUAGCUCUUCUAGGUCCAAACACACCAAAAGCAGCAAGCACAGUAAAAAGCGCAGCCGCUCUCGGUCGAGGUCCCGGGACAAAGAGAGGAAGAGGCGCUCAAAAUCCCGAGAGUCCAAAAGGAGUCGGAAGAGAGAGUCGCGCUCUCGGUCCAAAUCGAAAACGGCCACGUCCCGCCGGGAGAAGGACAGACCCGCAUCGCCGCCCGAGAGAAUCGAUAUUUUUGGCAGGGCUUUAAGCAAGAGGAGCGCCGUAGAUGAAAAGCAGAAGAAAGAGGAUGAGGAGAAGAAAGCCGAAAUGGAAAGACAGAGGAGAAUUCGACAGCAGGAGAUAGAAGAGCGGCUUAUAGAGGAGGAGACAGCACGGCGUGUAGAGGAACUGGUCGCCAAACGUGUGGAGGAGGAACUGGAAAAGCGCAAGGAUGAGAUUGAGAGUGAAGUGUUGCGACGGGUGGAGGAGGCCAAACGCAUCAUGGAGAAGCAGUUGCUAGAGGAGCUGGAGAGACAGAGACAAGCAGAGCUGGCUGCUCAGAAGGCCCGGGAGGAGGAAGAGAAAUCAAAGCGUGAAGAACUGGAGAAGAUUCUAGUGGAGAACAAUCGCAAGAUAGCCGAUGCUCAAGCUAAACUGGCCGAAGAACAGCUACGAAUAGUUGAAGAGCAGAGGAAAAUACAUGAAGAGCGUAUGAAGUUGGAGCAAGAGAGACAGAAACAGCAGAAAGAAGAACAGAAGAUAAUUUUGGGGAAAGGGAAGUCGAGGCCUAAACUGUCUUUCUCGCUCAAGGCCUCGGAGUGAUGGAAACAAUGUGGCUGGGAUGCCAUGGGUUUCUUCAGACUUUCUCCAUACCACCUCUCCAUGUGAGGGCUUUGUGCUGCGGCACGAGUUCUUCUUUGUAGGUCUCAUGUGGUGUGUUUCAAAUUCUCAGAACAAUGGGAACAAUCAGUUUGUCAAAUACCCUUCAGUUUUUCCUUGUUUUACCAGUCUGUUUUUUAUUACUGACUCUUGUAUAGAUAACCUCCACUUGUCCUUCAUGUAGUCUCUGCAAACGCAUUUGGUGUAUUGCACGAGUAAGGAACAAAAGGACUGGCCUGACCUGCUGUCUCAUCCAAAUGUGCAUUAUGGUGUCCUGUUUCACUAAAUCAAGACCUCAACAGAUUUACCUGACUGAUUCGAUUGAAGUAUUUUUUUUAUAUAUAUAUAGUUUAUUCAUAAUAUAAUGUAAGUAGAAUGCGAGAUGGGCAGGGAAAAUCCACUUUAAUGGUAACUAAUCUGGAACAUUGUAAAACAAUAACCUUGCCAUUUUAUUAUUUUUACAUUCACAUUAAUUGUACAUUCAAGAUGUAAAAGGAUAAUACUGUAAAAAAAAAAAAAAAAAAAAGGGGUACCUGGUCAUUGCAUGUCAGUGAUUUGCGUAUAUGUUAAUAAUGAGAAGAUGCUUUUAGAGGCGAAUGAGUGAAAGAUUGCAGAAUUGGCCAUAAUUUGUGUUUGUGGUUAAAUAUUUGACCCAUUUAUCAAGGUUAUGUCAAGAAUUUCCAAUAAAUCAAUGAUUGUG